CCCUUCUUCGACCAUGUCGGCUUCCGACACCACUCUUCCUCCUUCCUCGUCGCGGGCAACGCAGACAAAGGCCGAGAAAGAUUCAAAGGCUCGCGGCGCCGGCUCUGCCUUUUUCCCUCUUGGUUACAAGGAAGCCGCACAACAAUGGUGGUCCAGCGUAACCGCUCGCCAAGCAGAGCGCAACGUCCUCUCCUUCAUCCCCUUCCUCCGCGAAGCCACCGCCGAUAAUGCUUCUACAGCCUCUCAACUUUCCGAUCUCGCCAACGCCGACCCAUUCGGCCACCGCGUAUGGCGUCAAACCAUGGUCCCUCUUUCCGGCAAAGACCGAGCCCUGAACGAGUUCUCGAUCGAGCGAGUCGGCGAGCAAGUCGACGACACCCUCGUCAUGCUGCACGGCUACGGCGCCGGCCUCGGCUUCUUCUACAAGAACUACGAGCCGCUCAGCCGCGUUCCCGGCUGGAAGCUCUACUCCCUCGACAUGCUCGGCAUGGGCAACUCUGCGCGCCCACCGUUCAAGAUCCACGCCAAGGACCAACAGGGCAAGAUCCGCGAGGCCGAGGCCUGGUUUAUUGAUGCGUUGGAGGAGUGGCGAAAAGCCCGCAAGAUCGAGCGCUUCACGCUCAUGGGCCAUUCGUUGGGUGGCUACCUGGCCGUUUCGUACGCACUCAAGUACCCCGGCCGCCUGAACAAGCUGAUCCUCGCCUCGCCUGCGGGUAUCCCGGAGGACCCGUGGGCCGUUAACGCCGCGAUGCCGGAGCCUGAAGAGUCCGCGUACGGCAACGAGUUUACGCAGGACCAGGAGAGCAUCGUCAACAGGGAGACGCCCGAGGGAGGGGCUAAUACGGCUUUCAUCCAGGCUGAUCCCAAGGAUAAGAAAGCUGUCGCCUCAUCAGCCGGGAAGCCCAACAACAACAGCAACGGCACCAACACCAAAAAAGACACAGCCCCACCCCGCCGCCCCAUCCCCGGCUGGAUCUCCUGGCUCUGGGACGCCAAUGUUUCCCCCUUCUCCAUCGUGCGCAUGACCGGCCCUCUCGGUCCCCGCUUCGUCUCGGGCUGGACUUCUCGCCGGUUCAACCACCUCCCUCCCGACGAAAAAGAAGCCCUUCACACAUAUUCCUACUCGCUUUUCCGCCAAAAGGGUUCAGGCGAAUACGUCCUCCCCUACCUCCUCGCCCCGGGUGCGUUUGCUCGGUCCCCCGUAAUCAACCGUAUCCAAGACGUCGGCCGCCAAAUAAUCACCCAAUCCUCCUCCCCCUCCUCCUCUGCUUCUACCCCAGAACAACCAGCAGCUCCAGUCCGUGAAGCAGGUUUCCCCAUCGUCUUCCUCUACGGUGAAAACGACUGGAUGGACGUUGCGGGCGGGUACGCGGCAGAAGAGAAAAUCAGAAAGAGGGUGGAGCAGGCCCUGACUGACCAGACCCGAACCGAAGAAGAGAGGAAGAGGGAGAACGGCAGUGCCAAGGUGGUGGUGAUUAGAAGGGCGGGACAUCAUUUGUAUAUCGACAACCCGGACGAGUUUAAUGAGGUUGUCAGGAAAGAGUUGGAGGAGACGAAGGAGUGGGGGAGGAGGAUGAGGGCGGAAGGGUUGUUGCCACCUACGCCGCUUGAGAAUUAGGUUAGAUGAAAGAGGCCGAGUGGGUGGUGGUGGUGGUCGUGAUGAUGGCUUCUCGGUUUGGGCUUGGUUUAGAUGGCGUUCUGGGUUCCUCUUCUCUUUUCUUUUUGUCCGUCUCUUUGAAUGUAUUUAUAUAGCGGCACUGUGGGAUUUGGGAUUUGGUCAUACGGCAGGUUUGGGAAGGGACAUCAAGGUACUAUCAUGUGUGCACGGAUACACUCAUGGAUUUCAAAAUAUGUGUGGAUCUAGACAUUCAAGGAGUUCAAAGGGAGGGAUGGUCGCAACGGCGUAUGAAGUUGAGGAUAGAACUUCCUGUAGAUAUCUUACAUGAGCACACGGGGUACAAUGUGGUCAUUGAAGUUAAUGAUU